UGUUACAAAAUAUACUAUUAUUUGUUAAAACAAUACAGUAUAACCAUACAAGCUUUCAAAUAUAGGUACUAUCAAAGGAAUCAGCGAAACGAUGAGUAUAAGUAAUGUAAGCAUGCGAGUAGUAUUAUACAUUUGGUCCAGCUAAUUUCAAAUAAAUCAUAGCCACGGGUGAUCAUCUUGAACUGUCCUAUACGGAGCACUUUACAAUCGCAAUUGAGGCAGACCCAAUGGGUUGUGUUCAUCUUGAAGGUCUUGAUGAUUAGGCGAUAAUAGACGAAUUACAAUGGGGACAUACAAUCUUAUCCUUCUUGUCAUGUACCAUGCACGGCUUCUUCUUCUUCUUAUCGUUUAAUAGUCUUGGAGAGUAGGUAUAACAUUGCCGAAUUGCUACUGCUUCCGCAGGUGGCUUGAAAUGGACCCAUGACGAACCGGGCCUGUUCUGGCCGUUGAAAAUGCGAAUUUGGGGGUAAAAAAAAUACCACCAGAUAGACCUUUAAUUGCACAUUCCAGAAAAACAAUUCGCAACAUUUGCACACCCUUGAAUUUUUUACAACAGAAUUUUAGAACAUUUUAGAUUUAGAUUUAGAAGAAUUUUAGAACGCCCGCUACGCCGCAGCUCUCUCUUGCUGCCUCGGCGCGUGGCGCGUGCUGCAAGAAAAAGGACAAAUAAAAGUCUUCUGCUCCGCGAAACCAGCGUGUCGGUGUGAAUGUGAAUGACAGUUUAUAACCUUUCAAGCCGUAUAAUAACCUGCAUCAUUGUAAUUAAAAUUAAGUACAUAAAAUCAUGAGGGUUUCACAUUUAUUUGAAAAAUUUAAGCUGUCUUCAGCUACUCAAAUCAGAUGGCAAACUUCUUCUACAGCAAAAUAUAAGUUAAUCAAUGAAGUAGAAAAGUUAAUUGAAGAUAAUAAAAUCAAACCUCGAAAACAUCCAGGGAUUGUUAAGCGAGGCACUGUUGAAAUGCCCAAAUGGAUUGUCUCUGCAAUAGAACAAUGUUUACAGGAUGUACAAGAUAAACCUCUACUUUUGAGAGAAAGACAAACAUUUUCAAAUUAUUUAUUCAGUAGAAGAUUACCACUAGGAGAUUCCGAUGUUAAAAAAAUAUAUCGAGAGAUUGAAUACAACAUUUUGGCAAAAAAGUAUGGAGAUUUAGAAACUAUUGAUGAUGAAUUUGAAAUAGAAAAAAGAAGAAAAAUAAUUAAAGGAGAGGCUGUUAAUAAAUUAAAACAAUGUGUUUAUGAUUGGAAACCAAUUGAAUAUAAUGCAUACAAAAGUUAUUUAUACAUGAUAACAAGAAGUGUACCAGAAUAUGCUGUGUUAGAUACUAUUUUUAAAGAAAUUCAACUUAGAAAUCCAACCUUUAAUCCAAAAUCUAUGUUUGAUUUUGGUUCUGGCGUGGGAAGUGUUUUGUGGGCUGCAUUAGAAAGGUGGAAUACCAUAAAUGAAUAUAUGGGUAUUGAUAUUUCUGCAGAUAUGUGUGACUUAUCUGAAAAAAUAAUAAGCUUACGCCCCAAAAAAUAUAAAAAAGCCUUUUUUAGACAAUUUCUUCCAGUAUCCAACUUACAACAUGAUAUAGUUGUUAGUGCGUAUAGUUUAAUGGAACUGGAAUCUGCCAAAAGUAGAUUAGAAGUUAUUGCCAAGUUAUGGAAAAAGACAAAUCAGUACCUAAUUAUUGUUGAACAAGGAACCAAUGCUGGAUAUAAGUUGGUUCUGGAAGCCCGUGAUUUUGUAAAUUAUUUAAUGGAUACAGAAUAUUAUCAGGAUCAAAAACAUUUCAUUUUUUCACCAUGUCCCCAUAAGAAUCCAUGUCCAAGGUUACUUCAAAACAAAGGUUUUCCAUGUAAUUUUGGAAUUCAAUACAUGCCUCUGCGUCUAUUAGGACCUCAACGCCAUAAUUUUGAACUUUAUUCUUAUGUUGUUCUUAAGAAAGGAAAUCCCACUAGUGAAGAUAAUUGGAGUCGUAUUGUUAGACCUACUUUGGUUCGUAAAAAUCAUGUCAGAUGUCGAAUGUGUACAUCUGAAGGGCAAUUAGAAGAAGUUGUAGUUACCAAAUCUAGACAUGGAAAGCCUUUCUAUAGAUGUGCAAAAGCAUCAGGAUGGGGUGACAGACUAUCAAUUGAACCUAAUCCAUCUUACGAGGGCGCAGAUGCUGUUGUCAUACCAAAUGAAAAUGAAGAAACGGAUAUUAGUGCUUCAUUCGAAUCUGUAGAUGUUUCAUUUAAAGAAGAAGAUCCAUUUGCAGCAGGUUACAAAGAAGCUAUUUCAAGACCUGAAAAAUUAAAGCGAGGAAAAAAUAAUUUGGAAUCAUCUGACAUAGAAAGUCAAGACUUGAAACCAAUUUAUACUUCAGAAACACCAUAUGUGUCUAAAUAAUAGAAAAUACCGUAAAU